AUGUCCUCCUUCCAGCGCAUCGCCCUUCCGCGUAACCCAGUGUACAAAGCAAAUGGCACGAAAUCGUACCUCCAUGCCAUGCGAAAGUAUGGCUUUCAUCCCACCAAACCAGGCCCCUACUUCCAAGCGAAGCAGUUCCAGCCCCAGGGAAAAUUCGGCCGCGUAGGAGGCCGUAUGCGGUCACACUACGUCCUCGCCAAACGACACCAUCACCCAAGCUCUUCCCAAGGAGCCACCGGAGGGGCCACACAACCAACAAGCGGAUCAGAUGGCGACGUUGGUGAGGUUCCGGCCGAGGAUAUCCAGAACGACUCGCUGUAUCUGUGCGAGGUCGGCAUCGGCUCCCCGGUGCAAAAAUUGUACCUUGAUUUCGACACUGGAUCAAGUGAUCUCUGGGUCUGGUCUACGGAGCUACCGUCGAAUAUCCUCAGCCAGGCGAACAAAGACAACCAGCAAGUUGCUUUUGACUCGAGCAAGUCGAGCACGUUCAAGAAGCUCAGCGGAGAGACGUGGAAGAUCUCGUAUGGCGACUCAAGCAGUGCGAGUGGAGACGUAGGGACUGACACCGUUGAUCUUGGAGGCCUGAAAGUGGAAGGUCAGGCGGUCGAAUUAGCGAAGGAGCUGAGCCAGCAGUUUGCCCAGGGUAACGGCAGCGGUCUGUUGGGUCUCGCGUUCAGCUCCAUCAACACCGUCUCCCCAAAACCACAGAAGACGCCGGUCGACAACAUCAUCGCGCAGAAGGGCGCAGGCGAGCAAGUCUUCACCGCAUAUUUAGGGAGCUGGCGGGACAGCGACGAAGCCGAUAAGGGCGAGAGUUUCUAUACCUUCGGUUAUAUCGACUCAGCGACUCUCACUGCCGCCGGUGCCACCGAGUCCAGCAUCAACUACGCCGACGUCGACAACAGCCAGGGCUUCUGGCAAAUCGCGUCCGCCAGCGCAACCAUCAACGGCAAGACGCUGUCCCGCACCUCCAAUACCUCCAUAAUGGACACUGGCACCACCCUGUGCCUCGUCGAUGACUCCUUGGUAGAAGAAGUCUACGCCGCGAUCCCAGGCGCAAAGUACGACCAGUCUAACCAGGGCUACAUCUUCCCCUCCUCUACCUCUGCCGACGACCUUCCGACCAUCACGCUAGCCAUCGGAGAUGCUCAAGUAGAAUUCCAGAAGGAGGACCUGGGCUUUGCGGAUGCAGGAAAUGGUAUGUUGUAUGGCAGCAUCCAGUCCAGAGGUAGCAUGGACAUGGACAUCUACGGCGACGCGGUGUUGAAGGCUAUGUACGCGGUCUUCGACAUGAAUAAUGGCAGCCCGAGAUUUGGCUUCGUGCAGCGCAAGGAGGAAACGCAGAACACGACUGUACCGCCGCAGUAA